CAAAGCCAAGUGGAUGUCUAGAAGCGAGUUUUUUUUUAUCAGGUUCAUCCACGGAACCACUGCCCAACGUGACAUAUGACUAGAAGCUUAUGCCUCUCUGGAAAGCGAUGUGGCAUCAAAACUCACGAGUCCUUGUCAUGGCAGCGACGACCCUGACCUGAUCCUUGUGCUUCCUUGAGGAUUCCAACCAGUCGGAUGAAAAGUCACCCUGCCGAAGCAUUGUCAUCUGGCUGAAUACUCAGAUGAAAAGUCUAACUAGAAGUGCUUAUCUUCUGCAGGAUAGUUUUUACUAAGUCACAAGCUGCAAAUUAAUAUUCCAAAACGUUGGACCGGGGCCCCUGUUUGACUAAGUCCACGGCUCUAUCAGAGCUUCCAUACAAAAUUCAUUGGAGCACUUGCAUCUGCAAUACAGUAGUACCAGCUCUGCUCGUCCCAACUCUGAAGCUAAGACCAUCUCUGCAACCAUGGCUACUGUCCUUUCAGCUCUUGCCCUCCUCUCUAUGCUCGCUCUAGCCGUGGGUGCUGCGCCUCACGAUACUCUCCCACUGAAAUCAUCUCUCGUCGUAGAAGAGUAUGAAACCCAAAUCCUACAGUCAUCGGAUGGCACAUUCUCCUGUGGAUUCUACUACAUCUACACCAACGCCUUCACCUUCUCCAUAUGGUACUCCAAUUCGGUUGACAAGGCCGUCGUCUGGAGCGCGAACCGUGGCAGCCCGGUGCAUUCCUGGGGCUCGGCCAUCACCUUGCGCAAGGAUGGAAACAUGGUCCUCACCGACUAUGACGGCACGGUUGUGUGGCAAACUGACGGUAAAUUCCCAUACCCUCAAUACGCUCAGCUACUGGACUCUGGAAACCUUGUCUUGAAGAACUCCAGUGGUGACAUUGUUUGGCAAAGUUUCGAUUCACCGACCGACACAUUCCUUCCCAUGCAACACAUUGUGGGUACAACAAAGUUAGUGUCUACCACUCGGUUGCUAGUUCCUGGUCACUAUAUCUUUCGUUUCAGCGAUCAAUCGAUAUUGUCACUUAUAUAUGAUGAGACUAAUGUUUCCAGCAUAUACUGGCCAGAUCCUGAUUACCAGUACUAUGAGAAUUAUAGAAACCUCUAUAACAGUACCAGGAUAGCAAUCCUUGAUGAUUCUGGGGAAUUAUUUUCAAGCGACUUAGCUAAGAACCAUGUGCUUGAUGCCUCUGAUAGAGGCACUGGGAUUAAGAGAAGGCUUACCUUGGGUUAUGAUGGUAAUCUUAGGCUCUAUAGCUUGAAUAACUCUGACAGAACAUGGACAGUUUCAUGGAUUGCUGAAUCUCAACCCUGCAUGACUCAUGGUUUGUGUGGUCCGUAUGGAAUCUGCCACUAUUCGCCGAGACCAACAUGUUCUUGCCCACCUGGCUAUAAGAUGAUCAACCCAGGUAACUGGACACAAGGUUGCAUGCCUACUAUAGACACAUCAUGCGAUGGGGAACGGAAUGUGACAUUUUUAGAACUUCCAAACACUGAUUUUUGGGGAUCUGAUCAGCAACGUAUUGAAAAGGUGUCAUUGCAGGUCUGUUGGGACAUAUGCAUAGGCGACUGCACCUGUAAGGGGUUUCAGUACCAAGAAGGAAAUGGAACAUGCUAUCCAAAAUCUCUUCUCUUCAAUGGAAGGUCAUUCCCGACGCCCACUGUGCGCACAAUGUAUAUCAAACUCCCUUCAAGUUUGGACACAUCAAAAUUCCCCGUUCCGCGGUCCAAUAUGCUUGAUUCUACACCGCAUCAUCUUGAAUGUGAUAAUGUAAGCGCAACACCCAUGGAACUAUUUCCUGGUUACUGGAAUAAGACUAGUGGGGAGGAACCAAAAUGGCUUUACUUCUAUGGGUUUAUUGGUGCCUUCUUCGUCAUUGAAGUUUUCUUCUUCGCAUUUGCAUGGUUCUUUGUUUUGAGGAAGGAGUUGAGGUCAUCACAAGUAUGGACAGCUGAGGAAGGCUACAGGGCGAUGACUGAUCAUUUCCGGGCAUUUAGUUAUAGAGAGCUGGUUAAGGCAACUGAAAAGUUCAGACAUGAGCUUGGGUGGGGAAGUACAGGGGUUGCCUACAAGGGAAUAUUGGAUGACGGUCGAGCGGUAGUCGUAAAAAGGCUGGGAAAUGUAAGGCACAGCAGAGAAGAAUUCCAGGAUGAGUUGCAUGUUAUUGCAAGGAUUAACCAUAUGAACCUAGCAAGAAUAUAUGGCUUCUGCUCAGAAAGAUCCCAUAGGAUGUUGGUCUUCGAAUACGCUGAGAAUGGAUCGCUGGCUAACGUAUUAUUCAAAAACAAAAUCUCUUUAAAAUGGGAGCAAAGAUUCAACAUUGCUUUGGGUGUUGCAAAGGGGCUGGCCUAUCUUCACCAUGAGUGCCUAGAGUGGAUCAUUCACUGCAACCUAAAGCCCGAGAAUAUUUUGCUGGAUCAGGACUUGGAACCUAAGAUCACCGACUUUGGGCUGGCGAAGCUUCUCAGUAGAUCCGGGUCUAACCAAAAUGUAUCACGAGCGCGAGGAACGGUAGGUUACAUUGCUCCAGAGUGGAUAUCUAGCUUACCCAUAACGGCAAAGAUCGACGUGUAUAGUUACGGAGUGGUGCUUCUUGAACUGGUGUCAGGAACACGGGUUUUCGAUCUGGUCAAAGGUGAGGACGAGAAGGUGCAUGUGAUGCUGAAGAAGUUUGUUAAGAUGCUUUCGUAUAGAUUGAACAGGGAGGAACCACUGUGGUUAGCAGAGUUUGUAGAUUUCAGGCUGGGUGGUGAAUUCAACUACUCGCAAGCGAAAGCGUUGAUCAAGCUGGCUGUCUCGUGCUUGGAGGAGGAAAGGAAGAAGAGGCCAACGAUGGAAUCAGUAGUCGAGAGCCUCCUUUCAGUUGAUGUAGCUGGAAAUUUAUGAAACAACAAUGCGCUGAAGGAAGGAUGGAAGUAUCUUUUCUGAUUCUUCCUUUUAGACCAGUAUCUUUUCUGAUUCGAAGACGCCACGGGAUCUCUUUUUGGUUGUUGUAAGCACCAUACUAGUUCUUGCAGUAUUAACUUCCUAUGAUAAUGUAUACUAUAUCGUUGUAUCUAACAGUGUUUUAUUUACACCUCAUAAGUCAUAAUUGUUCCAAGUUAUGUAAUAAAUAGUAAUGGAAUAGUACUGGUCAUGUAUUUUCUA